CGCCGAAAAAACAUUCCCUCCGUUAAAUCCCAUCCCACUUUGAGUCUCUUAGCUUCCCUCCAACCGAAACACCAAUCCACCAGCAAGAAACGCCGUCGUUUAGUUCUCGCCGGUGGGAUGAGCGUUCUACAAAGUUCUCUGACGAAGUAUUGGGGAUGUAGGGGAACCGUCUGAAUAUGGAGGCAAAUUCUCUUAUUCAUAAGUCCAAAAGGCAGAAACUGAAUGAAGACCAGGGCAUUGAUGGGAACAGCAAAUGCUUUGGUAACUUACCUGACGUGAUUCUUCGGCACAUCCUUUCCUUUCUACACAUAAAGUAUGCUGCUAGGACCAGUGUACUUUCCAAAAGAUGGGAAUUCCUUUGGACGUCUAUUCCCUGUCUAAAUUUUGGAAAACCUUUGCCUGCUAAGAGAACACUUCACAUGAAUUUUGUGGAAAGAGUGCUUUGUCUUCGGGACUCCUCUGAUAUAAAAGAACUCACUCUCAAUUGUGAUGUGCAAGGUGAUGCAUCUCGUGUUAAGUCAUGGAUCACUGCUGCAGUGAGGCGUAAUGUUCAAUCUUUGCAUAUCUGCCUUUCGGACUUGAGAGGACAAUUUUCAUUGCCUCAUCACGUGUUUACUUGUGAGACACUGGAAAGCUUUUUCCUUGAUAUGCCGUGUAUCCUCAAAGUUCCUCCUAUAAUCUGUUUCUCAAAUCUAAAGGUCUUGAGUAUCCAAAGUGUUACAUUUUCGGAUGAUUACACAAUCCAGCCCCUUUUUUCUGGUCUGCAAGUCCUUGAGGUUUUGAGUUUAGAAAAAUGCAGAUGGGUGUGUGUCAAAGUUUUGAGUAUUUCUGCCCCCAAGCUUCAUUCUCUAACCAUAGACGAAGCUGAUAUGCAGAAUCGGAGUGAUUGUGAGGUUAUGAUUUGUGGAGCUAAUCUCAAAGAAUUUUAUUACGCUGGUGAAUUCUUCAAUGAAUAUUGGUUCUACAACUCAUUGUCACUAGAAAUAGCAGGAAUUAAUGUUACUCGCUCUGAUGGGAGGGCAAGACAGGUUGCUUACCGCAUGUUUAAAGUUCUUAUAGGGCUCCCUAAUGUGAAAGACAUGAGACUAUACGGCUCUGCUGUUGAGGUUCUAACAUAUGCACCAGAACUCCUACCUAAUAUGCCUAUCUUCAAGAACCUGAUAUUUUUGGAACUGGAGUCAUUAGAUCUGGACUGUGCAGCACUAUUGAAGAUAUUGCAAAAUUCUGUGUGUCUUGAAACUAUGUGUGUUCGUGAGAUCAAUCAACUCUCCGAUUGUGAGAAGGAUGAUGUAAUACUGGAUCCAGUGCCUCCAUAUUUCUUUUCACACCUCAAGAGCAUUGCAGUAGAUAGUUAUUCUGGAAAUAAGAAUGAGCUUUAUAUGUUAAAGAUUUUGCUCAAAAAUGCAUUGGUCUUGGAUGACAUAUCUAUAACAUGCUCUGCGCAUUUUGUAGGGGGUUUAGAGAAGCAAAAGAAUCUGUACAAACAGUUGAUAGAGCUUCCUAGAGGGUCACAAAAUUGUAAAAUCAUUUUGGGAUGAGCUUUUGUUGAUAUCUAACACCACUAAAUUCCUGUCUUUUGGAAGAUGUAAAAGUAUGGCCCGGUUGCCUUCUUCCUUACCUAAUUAACUUGUUAUGAAAUCUUGUUUGUUCUAUUUGGUGAUGAUAGUUUUGAAUCCUCAAAGCUAUAUAAGCUUAUGCUUUC